AUGUUUUAUGACCAUGAUGCCCAUAGGGAAACCAACAAAGUGAUGUUGUACAUUGUUGCACCUUUGUUAAAUAGUGUAGGAAAUGAGGAAGGCUUAAAUGAUGAUUUAGGUUGGGACUAUGUUAUACCUGAAACAAACCUUAUUGCUCAUGUGUCAAGCCCAUAUAGUCCCAAUGAUGAGUUGAUAAGCUUGAAUGGAUCUGAUGAUGAAGGAAUUGAUAGUGGUUCUAUAUACUUAGAUUAUAUUCCUUCAAGAGAUUUUGGAGAAAAGGAAAUAGAAAUAGGUACGAGGUUUGGGUUAACUCAAGAUUUUAGGUUGGUAUUGAGAGUGACAGCAUUGAGGGGAAAGUUUGAUAUAAAGUUCACAAGGAAUGAUAGAGAUAGGGUAAGUGUAGUAUGCAAGGCUGACUGUGGGUGGAAGAUAUAUGUAAGCAAACCAGAAGAUGAAAACUGUUUGAUAGUAAAGAUUUAUCUGCAGGAACAUAGAAACUGCCUUUGGUUUCACACCAAUGCACAGGCCUCAUCUUCCUACAUUGCAAACAAAUACAUAAAACAAUUCAGAAUAAACCCAAAUAUGUUUUUGAGUACACUUAAGAGUACUAUUGCUUCUGAUAUGGACAUUGAUAUGUCCAAACACAAAGUGUCUAGGGCUAAAAUGAAGGCUUUAAAAAUGAUUGAGGGAAAUGAAGCAAACCAAUAUCAGAAAAUGAGAGAUUAUUGUAGUCUAAUAUUAAGAACCAACCCAGGCAGUGUUGUCAAACUACAAACUGAGCCAAGUACUGUUGAGAACAUUAGAAGGUUUCAAAGAGUCUUCAUCUGUUAUGCUGCAAUGAAAACUAGUUUUAAAAAAGGGUGUAAGCCACUAAUUGGUGUGGAUGGUUGCUUUCUGAAGGGACCAUAUGGUGGACACCUAUUGAGUGCAGUUGCCAAUGAUGGGAAUGGCCAAAUGUUCCCAGUAGCAUUUGCAGUGGUGGAUUCUGAGAUAAAAGACUCUUGGGAAUGGUUUAUGGGAGAAUUAAUGGAUGCAGUUAGACCUUACCAUGGUAUAACCUUCAUAUCUGACAGACAAAAGGGUUUAGUAGAAACCUUUGAUAAUAUGAUGAAAAGGUCAGACCAUAAAUUUUGUGUCAGACAUCUUUAUGAGAAUUUCAAGCUCAGAAGUAUGAGGUUGAAUGUUAUGGUAUUAGUGAGGCAGUUGACAUUGAUAAAAGAAUAUGCAGCUGUAGAGUGUGGCAGUUCACGAGUAUUGAUGUAA